AUGUCUUCUGGAAAUGACUGUCGACCCCAGGCACUCACCAAACCAGCACUUGGAGAAAAAGAAGCGACUGAGUUGGUUGACAGGGUGUUUGGAUUAAAGGUGUUUUGGAUCAGGCCACUCCCCAGCUACGACGACCAGAAUUUCCACGUACGUGUCUCAAGAAACAAAGGUGCAGCUGAAGGUGCUGAUGAGUAUGUCCUCAAAAUCACCAAUUCGGAAGACAGCCAGAAGCCUGCCCUCAUUGAAGUGCAGACCCAGGCCAUGAUGUUUCUCAGCGCCGAAGGCUUUCCUUCAGCUACUCCUUAUCUUACAAAAGAUGGUAACGUGAUGUCUCUGGAGUCAGGAGAUACUGGACCUGGGAACAAAAAGUACAUGGUCAGACUGCUGACUUACCUGCCAGGUACGCCUGUAGCAAAAAUUGCUACAAAUGCUCAGAUUUUCUAUGAGGUCGGUAAGCUAGCUGCCAGUUUGGAUAAAGCGCUCUCAGAGAAAUUCCAUCAUCCAUCAGUAAAAAGUCUGCAUCGAGGUCAGUUCAUUUGGAACCUGGCAAACGUUCCUCUUCUAGAUCAGUACAUUUAUGCCUUGGGCCAGACCAAGUAUCGUGAAGUUGUGGAACAAGUUAUUGAGCAGUUUAAAGGGAAAGUAAUACCCAAGCUAAGCAGUUUUCGAGCCUGUAUCAAUCAUGGAGAUCUUAAUGACCACAACAUUCUGGUAGACUCCAGUUCUGCUUCCCUGGAGAAUCCUCAGUACAGGGUGUCCGGCAUCCUGGAUUUUAGCGACAUGAGUUAUGGGGUUUGAAAGUGUCCUGCCACUCACAGAGGAGGAGAGAGGUGCCCUCUUUCUCUUGGUGAGUGGGAGGUUUUCUCAGUCCCUUGUCAUAGCAGCCCACACAGCUCUGCGGUACCCAGAGAAUAAGGAAUACCUCAUGAUCACAGCCAAAACCGGAUGGAAACACUUAAUGAAAAUGUUCGAGGUGGGCCAAGAAGCUGUAGAGAAGACAUGGUUUAAGACUGCCGAAGCAUAUACGAACCAAGCCCCUGCCACGUAGGUCGGAGGCUGCUGCGGUCCUUGCGCGGUGCCACCUGACUCUAUGGCAAUAAAG